GCUUUAAUAAAAACAGUCGCUGGCGAUAAUUUUCGUCAAGCUCUUAUCACAAGAUUAGAAAUCCUAUAUAAGUUGGUCUUAUCUGUCUAUUAUCUUGAUUAUUAGUAGCCAUCUUGGUAACUGGUGCCCUCAGAAAUGCAAAUCCUCUUCAUUGUUGUUGUGGCCCUCUGUUCUGGGUAAAGUUUGUUUUCUUUUGUUUUAAAUAAAGAAGUUAUUUACUUUGAAAAGUAUGUUGUCGCCCCGCAAUAUAGAUAGAUAUACUACUAGAUUAGUUUUUAUUUUGAUGUAAGUUUCGGAAAUCAAUUAAUAAUUGAAACUUUGUUUUAAGUUUAUGCUCAUACAAAAAGCGCAUAUUUAUGUUUCUUGAGAGUCCUGUUACGACUAAUUAUUUGUGCAAAUGGGAAUUAUGGACUGAGAGAACUGGGUCAUGCACUCAGAAGCGUUUCUAGGAUGGGACAAGACAUGCUACAUGAAUGAGAGCAACUAAAAAUAUUGCAAUAUAAGCCAACGAGCAAAAAGUAAACCACAAUAAUACAGUAUGGUCACAGAGCCGAAAUACAACAAAGGGAAGCCAAACAAAUUUCAACAUUACCUGCUGCUGUGGGAAUUCAUCGUCUGACAUUUUACACCGAUUAAAUAGACUGAUCAAGAAAGCUAUUAAAAGCACACGAGAUAAAUACCCUUCACCUCAAGAACGAAUUGAAUAAAAAUGCUGUUGUAAAACAUUUUUUUAAAAAUUGGAUGAUACAUGCCACCCACCUUAUCACGGAAGCCUAAAAUCAUCUCGAUCAGGGCGAAUUCUUUCUCUUACAGUUAGGACCAAAGGUAAAAAAAUUAUUUUAUCCCCCCCCCCCCCCAGUCUUAACAAAUUUACCAGCGUGACCCCAAGCGAUUACCAAAUCUAAAUGAUCACUAAUUUAUUCAUUAUUGUUACUAAUGGAGUCACUUUUAUGGCCCAUUUCUACGCCAGAGAAAUAUUUCAGAUGUCUUGUGUUUAAAUAAUUAUAACUGUAAUAUGUUGUCUUAGUUAAAAAUAUGUUUUUUUUAUGUGCUGAAUAUGUACAAUGUCAUAAAAAAAUGUUUUCAUUUAUGUGGAUCUAUAAAUAGUCUUAUCUUAUCUUAUGAAUGGAAAUGACUUGAAGACGGCCUUUGACCAAGGUGGAGUAAAAUAUAAACCUUUAAGUUGAUGUAUGGGGGGUGCUUAAACAUUCAACAAAAAUAAGUUGUUUCUUCCUGUACAGCACUGGCGUGCAACCAUUUAACACUUAUAACUUGCCUCUUCCUGCACAGCACUGGCGCGCAACCAUUUAACGCACAUAACUUGCCUCUUCCUGCACAGCACUGGCGCGCAACCAUUCAACGCCAACGAUGUGUUGGGUCGACUGUUUAAACUGUAUGCCGGAGAUGACAACCUGUUUCAGCAAAGUGAAUUCAGCCGUUUCUGGCUUCACUUUGAUCUGGAUUGUAAGUUAUCGCCUUGACGUCUAAGUAUAAAUAAGCUAGUGCAGUGGUUCUCAACCUUCCUAAUGCCAUGACUUUUAAUACAGUUCCUCAUGGUGUUGUGACAUCAACCAUAACAUUAUUUGCGUCCAAAAGGGUCACGACCCACAGGUUGAGAAUCGCUGACCUAGUGCAUCGAUUUGGGUUAGAAGAUUUUUCUUUAAAAAAUAUGUGACAUAAAUUUUGAGAUCUCAUUAUUAUUCUAAAAUAUCACGUGAUACGGAAGACUCAAUAUUUCUAAAAGUGGUCUCGACAUUUCAAAAAGGAAAUAAUAAUAACUGCAUAUCAUUUUUACUGUCACUGCUAACCUAUUGAAAUUUCUUUAAAUAUUAUUAUCACUAUCUAUUUUCAAGAGAUAUGUGUAUGGUUUGGUAAUUAUGUCCAUAACUUUAAAUAGGCUGGCUCUGCUGUUUUUGUUUUUAAAUUUAGUGACAAAAACGUACGAAAGACACAGCUUUUUCUAGUGAACAGUUUGCUACCUUACCCCAUGGUAGUUUGUAGCUUCGGUCUCGUGUAUAUCUACACAUCUAUACCAUUACAAUCCUUAGUUACAUAUUGAUGUCUUCUGGAUUCUGACAGUCUUCCUGUCUAUUUGGACAUGGAUGAAUCCAGCAGCAACACAGACGUUCAAAAAGGUAUUCAAACAUUGAUAUUUGAGCCCAAAAGUGUUGUCCACCGCAGAGGAGGCCGACGUGGCUCGGUGUUCGAACUUGGGGGCAGAGCGGAACAGCACACACUGAUCUAAACAUUCAACACUGAGCUGAACACAUCCCAAUGAACGUAAAACCACACACUACACUGAAAACUGCACACUGACCUAAACACUAUACACAGAACUGAAAAGAACACACAUACCUGAACACUACACACUGCAUUAGAAACUACACACUGACCUGACCAUUAAAUACCGAUUUUUUUUAUUUAUUAGAAUACUUAAAAUAUAGGACUCAAGUAAUCGAUGUUGCUAAACUAAAAUUAUUUUACCUUCAGUCGAUGGACAGGUGAGCAAACAAGAAUUUGACAGUGGCUGGAAACAAGAGGGACUCCCUGGCUCACAAAACGCACCCACUUUCUUCACUGAACUGGACAGAGUCAGGGAUGAAGUGCUCAACAGUCAGGACUUUCCUCACAUUUUUCGCUUGUUUGACGAAAAUGGUCAGUUCUCAUGGUCAGUUCCCUGACACAGGCUUCGGUCACAUACAUUUAUUCUAGUACAAGCACCAAACUAAUGUAUAUUUUGUUUGCAUUUACAAUUUUAUUUAGAGCAAUCUCGGUGAUUCGUUAAAUACGAUAAUAAUAUAGUUAGCUGUUUCGUUUCAUGAGAUUGUAUUCCAACUUCAAUUUCUUUGUCUCUAGGUGAUGGCAGCAUUUCAGUGCUAGAGAUGCUGUACAACGGGAGCGCGUACUUUGGCGAUGUUGAUUAAUUAAUGCUCGUGACUUGAUAUUAUCAAAUCUUAAAAAUAAAAUUAAUUCCUAUCUGUUUUAAAAAAAAGAACUUUUAAGUUAAUUUCCCCUCGUGCUUAUUAUCAUCGUUAAUUUUCUUUGUAGUCUCUUUGCUGUCUUAUUCUCUCUUUACUAGCAAAUUCAAAUAUCAAUUGCAAUAAUUUCAAAACAUCAAAGUUAAAAAAAAACAAACACCAAAAAGCAUCCAAAUAUAACAUGUCUUGUUGAAAGGGUUACUCGACUUAAAUGAUUUGCCUUACAAACAUAGAAGAUCGUUCUUUGAGAGGUCCACACAAAAUGGGAAGAAAAACACAAAACACUUUCAUUUAACUUAAACUCGUACCGUUUUUGUAAAUAAUUUUUUUUUUUGUGUAUGUAAGUAGUUUUCAUAAUUAACAUUUCUAAUUUUGCGCAGAAUGUGCGUGUGUGAGUGGGGG